CAACGGUUGUUGGCUCUAAUCCCAACCCGGAACUGACGUCAAUGGCCAAUUCGUUAGUCCACUGUUGCCAUCUCAUCACUAUUAGUGGGGUAAGAAUAAUAGCAGGCCCCACAGGAAGAACAUCAUUGAUGCCGAUGAGGCUGCAGGGGGUAAAUGUAAUAUAUUGUUAUCAUAAACAAAAUCAUCUAAAUUUCAUUUUUUUUUUGACUUGUGUACAGAUUGUUUAUUGACAUAGAAGUCUGCAGUGCACGUAAUGUCGACAGGCAUGGCUUGGAAAUACAUGGGAGCGUUACGGCUCUUCCUGAUCCUCAUAUCAUGUCACCCUCGGUCCAUCCAAUCGGCUCCUCUCUCCUCCUACCUGGUAUCAUCCUUUACCCCUCCUGACUCUGACUCCUCCCUACCAUUCAACCACAUCGCCAUCAACGACAUCACUGGAGAUGUCUAUAUUGGAGCACGGGAGAGGCUCUACCAACUCGACUCAAACCUGAUCCCUAAACAUACAGUGAAAACUGGAAAGUGUACUGAUCAUCCCAACGUUAAUGAUAACAAACUUCUUGUUGUCGUGGAAACACCUCAAAACAACACUCUAAUCACUUGUGGAGGCUGUGACGGUUUCUGUGAGACAAGGAGCUUAGCCAAUAUAUCACAUGAUGUAGUGCGAUAUGGUUCAAAUGAUUGGCAGUUAGUUGUGACAACUAAAGAUCUACCUACUGUUGGAGCUGUUGUUCUGGGUGCUGACUAUGUACGUACAGGUGAGGGUACCCCUAACCGAGCCUUUUACCUAUUCACAGGGGUUAGUGAUGGAAUUCCCUUUAUUUCAAAGCACAAUCUUUUAGACCUGAGUUUAGAUCAAAACAUACCACGGGGGUAUGUCAAGUCGGAGAGUUUAUUCAAAUACCUGGUUGUUUACAAGGAUUAUCUGUACUAUUUCAUAUCUAGAGAAGACGGUGUUUACUUGGGACGUCUGUGUCGUAAUUCACUUGACCAGUUCUUUACGUCAUACACAGAAAUAGAGCUACAGUGUGGAUCUUACAAUAUGAUCCAAACUGCUCAUAUCGGACCAGCAGGAUCGCAGCUAGCUGACUCACUGAAUAUCAACGAUACGGAUGUCUUAUUGUACGCGGUAUUUUCAAAUGAGAUCUCCUCUGCCCUCUGUGUCUAUAAGAUGAGUGAUGUCCAGCAGAGCUUUGAAGAUGCUGUCUUAGGAUGUCUCCAGGAAACUAGCCGAAAUGGAACAACAAAUAAACACUUUACUUCUGAAUCAAUGUGCACCCAUGUGAGUAAAUGAAAAAGAAGCCCGUAUCGUAUGAUUAAUAGA